UGUGCGUAUGCGUGUAACGCGUAGGGAAAUUCAACACCACGAUAUUUGUUCGAAUCUGCUCGGAAAAUAGCCGAACUUACUGGUGGAGCUUUCAGUCAGUGGCCAGUUGUGUAGCUUGAACUUGCAUACAAAGGGUGAUCACCAUGAGCGGUGCGACGACCGAACCGGAAGAAUUAACAUUACCAACAACGAAUCCAAGCAUAGUGUUUGAGGCGUCCACUCAAACACCUACCAAUGAAACAUGUGAUUCCCCGAUAAUGACUGCCAAGGGGCAUUUUUGUUUUAGCACGUCGGAACAUAGUACCAACGCACUCACACUCAUACAUAAAAUGAGACAAAGAGGUCAGCUAUGUGAUGUUACGUUAAAUAUAGGAGUAGAGUCUGUUAGAGCCCAUAAAGUCGUUUUAGCGGCUGUAAGCCCUUAUUUUUUCGCAAUGUUCAAUGGGGAUAUGGUCGAACAGACGAGAACAGAUAUUGUUCUACAUGACAUGGAUGCGACUGCUGUGGAAUUGUUAAUUGAAUACGCUUACACAGGAAAAGUCAUUAUUACACCUGAUAAUGUUCAAGUGUUAUUACCGGCAAGCAGCAUAUUACAAAUACAAACUGUGAGAGAAGCCUGUUGCAAAUUUUUAAUGAAACAGCUUCAUCCAACCAAUUGUUUAGGAAUAAGGAGUUUUGCUGAUAUUCAUUCGUGCACAGAACUACACCACAAGUCUCAUUGUUUUGCUCUCCAAAACUUCCAGCAAGUUGUAGGCACCGAGGAAUUUUUAUUGUUGCCCUUCAACGAGGUGGAGAAACUUAUAUCGAACAGUCAGCUUAAUAUAUCAUCGGAAGAAGAUGUUUUCACAGCAGUCUUGAAUUGGGUAAAGCAUGAUCUGUCAGAGAGGAAACAAUAUAUCUCCAAGUUAAUGGAAAACGUUCGGCUACCCUUAGUAAAUCGAGAAUUUCUAAUGACACGAGUGGACUGCGAGAAUCUCAUAAGAGAAGAUGGUCAAUGCAGAGAAUUGCUCUUAGAAGCUAUGAGAUAUCAUCUGGCCCCUGAAAGACGCUGUGCCCUUUCAACUCCUAGAACACUGGAAAGGAAACCCAAGGGAGCCACGCCGUAUAUGUUUGCCAUUGGAGGUGGUUCACUUUUUGCAAUUCAUUCGGAAUGUGAAGUAUACAAUCCAAAAAACGAUGUUUGGUCCACCAUUGCUCCCAUGCAAUGGAGAAGGUCCCGAUGUGGUGUGACAGGGAUGAGGAGACUAUUGUAUGUUGUUGGGGGAUACGACGGUGCUUCAGACUUAGCUAGUGCAGAGUGUUACAACCCUCUGAUAAACACUUGGACAAGUAUAACCCCCAUGGGCACAAAGCGAUCUUGUUUGGGGGUUUGCUCUUUCGAUGGAUUGAUAUAUGUUUGCGGCGGAUACGAUGGCGCAUCAUGUUUGAGUAGCAUGGAAAGAUUUGAUCCACUAACAGGGGUCUGGUGCAGUUGUCCAGCGAUGAACACAAGGAGACGGUACUGUAGAGUAGCUGUUGUUGAUAAUUCAAUAUAUGCCCUGGGGGGGUUCGAUUCUACCAACUACCAAGCCUCAGUUGAAAGGUUUGAUCCCCGAAUGGGCAGUUGGCACGCGGUACCAUCAAUGUCUUCCAGAAGAAGCAGUUGUGGGGUGGCUGCCAUGAAUGGUUAUUUGUAUUGCAUAGGAGGAAAUGAUGGUACAAUGUGUAUGUCUAGCGGAGAGAGAUUCAAUAUUCGGAGAAAUAUGUGGGAACCGGUGACAUCAAUGCAUAACAGAAGAUCGACUCAUGAAAUAGUAGCCAUUGACGGUUACAUUUACGCGAUUGGAGGAAAUGAUGGCUCGUCUAGUUUGAAUGCAGUUGAAAGGUACGAUCAAAAAUUGAACAAAUGGUUCAUAGUGUCUUCGAUGGCAAUAAGAAGAAGCUCAGUGGGGGCGGCGGUUCUCGACUGUAUAAAUAUCGAACACGUUUUGAAACAAACGAUGAAAACUAGUUGACCGCAGGACAUUCCCGAAUAAAACGAGAACAUUCUCUAUAGCUUUAUGUGCAAUACUGAACGCAAAUGCUUUGAAAGUGUUGUGCAUUAAUUAGUUAAUAACAACGAGUUAAAAACAAAAUUACAAAAAGAUCUCUGGGGUAUAUUGUUCAAACGUAUUUACGAAAGCAAUUCAACAUUUCAGGUGCCAUAUAAAUAUUUAUUGUAUGCCAUAUAUCUUCGACACCCUGUAGAUCUGUUCAUGGGCGUAGAUAGAUAGGGGCGCUGCCCGCCUGCUAGCAAAUUCAUUACCCUCUCUGGUGAAAUCUCUGACAAUAUCAGCAUGAAAUUUAAAAUCAUAAAAACCACACAUUAAAAAUCUGCCCACUUCCUAAGAAAAAUUUCUAGCUACGCCCAUGGGUCUGUUUUCCUUCCCGUUUUUUCAUCCAUCUUCAAAAUUGUUGUAUCUAUAAUAGCUACGGUACCUUUCAAACACUUUGUAUAUUAGCGUGUCCUUAAAAUUUACCUUUUUUCGUUGAUAUUUUAAAGAUUCUCACUAUAAAUAUCUUUUGGACACUCUGUAUGUUUACGUAAUUAAAAUUUUUGUGCAACACUGAAAAUUCUAGCUAUGCUCUUUAAGUCGUCAUUCUGUGAUAUAAAAAGUAUUCUAGAAAUUUUGAAUUUUGGGUCCAAAACUGGCCAGUAACUAUUUAUUAGAGUACAUAGAUAGCAAUCUACCAGUGGCGUAGACAACGAAGGAACCCGGGAUUCAUACGCAAAAAAUCGAACUUAUAAACCCCAUGCACAUAGGAUCGACACCAAAAAAAAAUUAAAUCUUUUAUAGGUACAAAAAAAAUGUACGUAUGUACUUGUCUACACCACUGGGAUCGUAUUUUAACUGUUGCCCUUCGUAUCGCUUUCUGCUUAGCAAUUGUUUCUCGGUGUAUUUGUUAUAGUUUAUUAAUCGUUAGCGUGUAGUUGACCAUUAUGAAAACAAAAAUUAAAUGAUGUUAUGUUACUUAUUGUAGGAUUUUUAAAAUUAUUGGUCGCAUAUUUGCUAUGUGGGAAAAAAAUUGAAACCAGUGUGUUCAUUACCUUACGCAAGGCUCUUUUUCUUAUGCAUAUUCUAGUAUAGAUAUAUGUUCAUUUGAAGUUAGAUAGGGGGUUGGUAGAGAAAUUAGGUAAUUGAAAAUUGUUUGAUUUAAUUCGAUUACCAUCGCUGCCUUCCUCUAUACAUAAAUUGGUGUUUUAGAAUAAUACUAAUAUUGUACGAAUGGAUCUUUUAUUGUUAUUGUAACUAGAUUGUGGCCGAUUAAGAUUUUUGUAUUCUUUUUUAUACAUGAUCGAUGAUCAUUUAGCUCAUCAUAAAGUAACUACCCCUUUUUGCCCUUUCUUUGUACCCGCCACUGAACAGUGAAUAUUAAGUAUCGCAUCUUUUUAAUUAGGAAGUUAAUUAUUGUAAUUUUGAAUAAUUCGUGUAUUUUAAACGAAAAACGAAAAAAAAAUUAGGCCAUAACAAUUUGGAAUGCCAUUUGGAGAUAAGCACUGCCUUUUUAUUGAUAUUUGAUAAUUUUUUCAAGUUUUUAUAAAGCAAGCCUUAAUGUAUCAAAUACCUUUGUACAAAUAUAGUGCA